UUUUUAGCGUUGCUGGAGAAGGGCUAGGGUUAGGGUUUUGGGAGCGUUACUACCGAUCCCAGAGCUCAAUCCCCCCUCUCUCUCUCUUCCUGAUCUUUGUCUCUCCUUGUUGACAUGGCGACUGUUGUGCCCACCUCCGAUGAGGAUCCCGUCCUCGCUGUUGUUCGUUUCACUUCCGAGCUCUCCUGGGCGGAUGCCGGCCCUGAGGUUGCAGAACCUCAGGUGACUCGACUUUGCAUGGAAGCCCAAGAAUGCCUAGUAAUUGGCGGAUGGUUAGAUCUGGUUUCUCUCAUGCUUACAUCAGCCGACUUAAUCAUACAACGUGUAGCUGAGAAAGAUCUAGAGUGCAUAUACACUGUAAUAUGCAGUCUUGUGUCAAGAGCUAGUAGUCCAGAUGAAGCAUUGGAGAUGGCUAAGCUUAUAACUUCAAAAAUUAUUCAGCAUCCAAAUGAUAAGCCUGCAUUGCGGUUGAAGCUCUUGUUCAAUCUAUACAAUCUAUUAGAGAACCCAUAUAGCAAGUUCUUUGUUUACAUGAAAGCGCUAGACUUGGCAGCUAGUGGAAAAGUUACUGAAAGCAUCAUUCAGUCUUUCAAAAAGAUUGAUUGCUUUUUAGAAGAAUGGAAUAUUGGAAUAGUGGAUCAGAGAAAUCUUUUUCUCAGUAUAUCUAACAUCUUGAAGGACAACAAAAGCACGGCAAAAGAUUCUUUUACUUUCCUAACAAGGUAUUUAGCUACCUUUUCGGGUGAUGAUGAGGAAUCAUAUACCAUGAAUGAUGCUAAAGAGGAAGCAGUACGUGCUAUUAUUGAGUUUGUGAAAUCUCCAGAUAUGUUUCAGUGUGAUUUGCUUGACAUGCCUGCUGUUGGACAACUGGAGAAUGAUGAAAAAUAUACUUUGAUUUACCAGCUUCUUAAAAUUUUUCUCACACAUAGACUAGAUGCCUACUUAGAUUUCCAGUCUGCAAAUUCUGCUUUACUCAAGAGUUAUGGUCUUGUUAAUGAGGAUUGUGUCACAAAAAUGAGGUUGAUGUCAUUGAUCGACCUCAGUUCCAAUGCUUCUGGUGAAAUUCCAUAUUCUCAUAUCAAAGAUGCACUCCAGAUCACAGAUGAUGAGGUGGAGUAUUGGGUGGUAAAAGCAAUUACCUCCAAAGUCCUCAAUUGCAAGAUGGACCAGCUGAACCAACUUGUGAUUGUCAGCCGACGCACGGAACGGGUGUUUGGACCUGCACAGUGGCAAGCUCUCCGUUCAAAGCUUGGCAUUUGGAGGGACAAUAUUGCGGGUGCCAUCAACACCAUUCAAUCUAAGAAGAUAUCUGAAGAUGGAAUUCAAGCAUCACAAGCAAUGACGAUUCGUUAAAUUACCAACCUGGCUUGUUUUUUUGUUAUUUAAGAACACUUUGGAGUUAAAUUGUCCAUGUUGUAGGGUGGCAAUUAAUUAUAUAUUUUUUCCGUAGAUCUUAAGAUGAGAACCCUAAUGGAGUUCAACUCCUUAAAAUUUUUGUUAACAUUCUUGGAUACUAUUAUGUGAGGGUUGGCUGUCUUGUAGACUAGGGGAUUGCAUUUC